AUGGGACCAAACUUGGCCAAGAAUCUGUGGGAUAAGUUCGGGCCCUCAGUCGGCGGCAUGAUCCGCAUCGAGGGCUUGUCGCCACCUACCUCGGCCGAACUGAAGGAGAAGAUUCAACGGCCGGAUCAGAAAUGGGAUCUGCUCGGUGUGAGGUACAGCCUUGACGAACGGGGCACGUGCAGGGUACAUCUCGCCUACCCAGAAGGCCGGUUCAGUUUACCGGACUUCUCCGAUGCGGCGCCUCAGGAGGAUCCCGAACGGUUCCUCGACGAAAUUUGCGCCAACCCCCCUAAGGAAGUCAUCAAUUACUACGUCGGGCCUCAGUGUACAGACCCCGAAGAGCAGUUCAACGGCCUGCUCCAUCCAGGCAAGCUUGGAGAGCUGGCGAAGCUGCGGCGGCAGAAAGCCAAAGAGCCGGGCGAUUCAGGGCAGGACUGGGAGGUUGCCGGCGUAACUACUCCUUACGAACACAUCGGUCACCGGUUGUCGGCCACCUGCUUCCAUCGCGAAGACGCACACUAUUGGUCCGCCAAUAUCAGCCUUUCCGGGGAGAAGAUAUGGGUUGUAAUCAAGCCAGAGUUUACGGGAGCCUUCGAAGCAUACGUUAGGGACCGUUACGGCAGUCUCGACUGCGACCAGUGGCUCCGCCACCACAACCUGCUCAUUGGGCCAUUUACACUUCGUGCGGCAGGCAUUAAAUUCGAGGACCCCGUCAUUCGCCACAGCCAUUAA